AUGGAAAAGGAACGAAGUAGAGGCAGAGUGAGAAAGGAAUCUACUCAAGGACGCUCUACGGAUGGAGAUGAAGCUGAAUUCAGGCGAGAUCGGAACCAAAACAGAAGCAUGGUUCAAACCCAAGAAAGGGAGUGUUUUUCCCAAGAAGAAGAGGUUAGUAAAGAGAAUGAUGUUUGA